AUGAAACACUAUACUGAAGGAAAAACUAUUACUCAGUCAAUAUGUCCUAGUAACAGUGUAAUGCCCUAUGAAGAAAAAGUUUAUACGAAUAAAGAUGAUACGAUUGUAAAGGCAAACCCGUAUUACAUACUAAAACAAAAAGUAUUAAAUAUCCAAAACUUUAAUUCCUUAAUAUGUAAUUACACAGAAUUUUUUGAAAAUUAUAAAAUCUUUUGCGUCUUUUCAGUAUUAAAUGUUUUUAUAAUAUUAUUUUUACUCUUACUGUAUUUGCUUUUUUCCCUCAUAAUAUUUCUCCCAGUAUUUUUUUUAUUAUCCUCCCUUUUCUUUUGUUUCUUUCCUUUAUUCUACCCACUAAUUAGAGACAAAACGCAGAUAAUCUUAAAGGAAGAAAUAAUAUUUUGCACUUGCAUAACUAUAGGAUCUCUUCUCUUUUUCAUUUCGAUAUUAUUUAUAUACCUCACGCCAUUCGUCUCUGUUUUUUUAUAUCCUUUUAACGCUAUUUUUAUGCCUCUUAUUUCAACCCUUGUUCUUCCGCUUAUUUUAUUUACAAACUCAUGUAUAUGUACCAUUUAUAUAGUAUUCUACACUGAGAUCUCCAAGAAUAUUAAAAAUAUGGUGCAAAACGCUUCACGACACUUAUUAUUCAAGUUUCCCCUUUUUUAUAUUUAA